AUGGAGAUGUCAUGGGCGCGACAGAGCCUGGCGGGGAGACCAGCAGCGUGUGAUGAGUUCCACCCGUUCAUCGAGGCGCUGCUGCCUCACGUCCGCGCCUUCUCCUACACCUGGUUCAACCUGCAGGCGCGGAAGCGCAAGUACUUCAAGAAGCACGAGAAGCGGAUGUCGAAGGACGAGGAGCGGGCGGUGAAGGACGAGCUGCUGGGCGAGAAGCCUGAGAUCAAGCAGAAGUGGGCAUCCCGGCUGCUGGCCAAGCUGCGCAAAGACAUCCGGCCCGAGUUCCGUGAGGACUUUGUGCUGACCAUCACGGGCAAGAAGCCCCCCUGCUGCGUGCUCUCCAACCCCGACCAGAAGGGCAAGAUCCGGCGGAUUGACUGCCUGCGCCAGGCUGACAAGGUGUGGCGGCUGGACCUGGUCAUGGUGAUUUUGUUUAAGGGGAUCCCCCUGGAAAGUACUGAUGGGGAGCGGCUCUACAAGUCGCCCCAGUGCUCGAACCCCGGCCUGUGCGUCCAGCCACAUCACAUUGGAGUCACAAUCAAAGAACUGGAUCUUUAUCUGGCUUACUUUGUCCACACUCCGGAAUCCGGACAAUCAGAUAGUUCAAACCAGCAAGGAGAUGCGGACAUCAAACCACUGCCCAACGGGCACCUCAGUUUCCAGGACUGUUUUGUGACUUCCGGGGUCUGGAAUGUGACGGAGCUGGUGAGAGUAUCGCAGACCCCUGUUGCGACAGCAUCAGGGCCCAACUUCUCACUGGCGGACCUGGAGAGUCCCAGCUACUACAACAUAAACCAGGUGACCCUGGGGCGGCGGUCCAUCACCUCCCCUCCUUCCACCAGCACCACCAAGCGCCCCAAGUCCAUCGAUGACAGUGAGAUGGAGAGCCCUGUCGACGAUGUGUUCUAUCCUGGCACGGGCCGUUCCCCAGCAGCUGGCAGCAGCCAGUCCAGCGGGUGGCCCAAUGAUGUGGAUGCAGGCCCGGCUUCUCUAAAGAAGUCAGGAAAGCUGGACUUCUGCAGUGCCCUCUCCUCUCAGGGCAGCUCCCCGCGCAUGGCUUUCACUCACCACCCGCUGCCUGUGCUUGCUGGAGUCAGACCAGGGAGCCCGCGGGCCACGGCCUCUGCCCUGCACUUCCCCUCCACGUCCAUCAUCCAGCAGUCGAGCCCGUACUUCACGCACCCGACCAUCCGCUACCACCACCACCACGGCCAGGACUCGCUGAAGGAGUUUGUGCAGUUUGUGUGCUCCGACGGCUCGGGCCAGGCCACUGGACAGCCCAACGGUAGCAGCCAGGGCAAAGUCCCGGGGUCAUUUUUGCUACCACCGCCGCCUCCAGUGGCCAGACCUGUGCCCCUUCCUAUGCCUGAUUCCAAAUCCACCAGCACUGCCCCAGACGGCGCCGCCUUGACUCCUCCAUCACCUUCAUUCUCAACGACAGGCGCCUCCUCUGCCAACCGGUUUGUCAGCAUCGGACCCCGGGACGGCAACUUUCUGAACAUCCCACAGCAGUCUCAGUCCUGGUUCCUCUGAUAAGAUCGACAAAGAAACAACAAAAUGAAAAAAAGAGGUUCCUCAAGGGGGGAGAAAAAAUUUUGAGACAUAGAAAAAAAUCCCCCAGCCCAGCCCAGCCCAGCCCCACCGAAAAGCAAAAAUUAGACGUCGUCAGCCACUCAGCCCUUCUCUCCUCCAGCCCGGGGACCCCUCGGGCCCCCGAAGCAGCCCAGUUCUCAGAGAGCCCUCGGAAGGGGUCUCGGUGGAGCUGUGCACCGGCAGUCAAGCAGAAAGAAACAAGCAAAAUGGGCUCUGCCACGCAGAGGACAGACGGAAAGAAAGGACGCGGCAGGACUGCCUCCCUCCCCUCCCCCACGGCCAUCGGGAAGGAGCGGACCCCCUCCCCAGCAACCAGCACCCUUCCUAGGGGACCCCACCUCCACUCAGGCCGGAGCGCCCCUAGGGAGCCUGGAGGACCAGCCUGGAAGAUGAUGGGGUGCAGAUCCUAGAACCCCCUCUGUCUGGACUCAGCCCCUCUUGCCCUUCCUCCUGGCCUAGGCUCUGGCUUCUCCCAGCUGCUCCGGACCAGGCAGGGGAGGCCCCUGGGGUGGGCGGGAGGUGAGCCCAGAAUGGAGGGUGUCCUGCCACCCGCCCCCAGCCGCAGGGGCCGUCCCGUGCCCUCUGUAAAGUCCACAGGAAAACGUCCGAAGGCGGACGGCCCCCAGCCUGGGAUAGGCCCCCUCCCCCGUCUCCCUACGCAGGCCAGGAGCCAAGGCAGGUGGCCCCUGGCCGCCCCACACCCCAGCCCCGCAUGCAGGUGCCCCACAAGCUGGGGCCGGGUCCAGAGUGGAGCGGAGAGGGGACCCCGGAGCUCAGCGAGGAGGACAAGGCAGCCGCUGUUGCGGCCGGGCUACGCGGCCACCUGCGCUUAGGUAGGCGUCCUGCUCACUGCCCACCGGCCCGCAGACUUUCAUUUCCUGGGGAGGGCGUUGGGUGUUGUCCUUUUCAAGUGUUUUGGAGCUUUCUGGCCCCCUCCUUCCCACUGCCCCCCCCCAUGGCCACUUCUCUCUGUAUCUUAGUUGUAUUGUCUUUCCUCUUGACUUAGGGGUGGGGCAGUCGUCCUUUGGGUCUUUUGCUGUUGCAGUUGGGAACUCCUCCUCCGUUUGAGCAACUUGGGAACAGUUUGGUCACAGCCCACAGGAAGUAGCUCCCCAGCCCUCCUCCCCCGAGGAUGGGGGGGCCUGUCCGGAGGUCCUGCAGAAGCCCGGGGAGGGAGGGAACAGGAGCGCCCAGCCCGGCAGGGUGUGACCCGGCCCCUCUAGCUUGUCUUUCUGUGCCUUACUCCUCCUUCCUGCGUCCCCCUCGGCCCCUUCUCAGUCCUUGUGCCUCUCUCUCUCCCUUUCUUAACGGUAUGAAGACGCAAAGCACAGGUCAGGAUCCUCUGAAAGUCAGUCCAACAUUGCACCACGUAGGGGUGGGUUAUGGGCUUUAUUUAUUGAGACUCUAGUUUGCGAGGCUGUGGCCCCAGCAGGCAGAGGAGGGAAGGAGCCGUCUGGGCAGGGAGAGGGCCGCGACCAGGGCGGGGUGCUUCCCCCAGCGCGGCCUCGGAGGGAAACUGAGGAAGCCCCGUUCUCCUGGCCGCGGCAGAGGACGGGGCGGGGGCGGGGUCCCGCGGGCUGGGGUGGGGAGUGAGGCCGGGGUGGGGGGGCCGGGCGGCCGGGCGUGACGCGCGGUCAAAGUGCAAUGAUUUUUCAGUUCGGUUGGCUAAACAGGGUCAGAGCCGAGAGCAGAGCGGGAGGGGCCCUUGCCGGCCGGCCGCGUGCGCCCCUUCCGUCGACGACAAUCGGGGUCCGCGGGCGCCGCCCGGGCGAGGUCGGAAGCUGCAGGCCAGCUGGGCCCGGGAAGGAGGUGGCGGGGACGGGUGGGGAGAGGCGGGCGAGGGGAGACGAGGGCACCGGGGAUGUGGGAUGUUAGGAGAGGGAAAACCCACAAAAAUGUAUAUGGGGGAAAUGAACUUUUUUGUUUUUGUUUUCAUUGAACCAAGUGCAAUGCAUCAGAGUUUUCCUAUCUUUGUAUGUUAAGAGAUUGUUAAGAAAAAAUUCUAUUUUUGUUGUAAUGUCCUCGCGGCUCUGGGGACGCUAAAAGAACUGGGCCUGCCCCGCCCUGCGCGGGGGUAACGAAAGCUGAGUGUUUUUCCUUUUUUUUUUUUUUUUUGGUUCGUUUUCAGUUUUAUUUUUAAGUCAUUUUCCUGCGUUGACGAGGAUGAUUUGGGGUUUUUAUUUGUUUUGUUGUUCGUUCUCGAUUUCGGUGGGAGGGCUGAAGGAAACGUUCAUGUUUUGGAUUUAAAAAAAAAAAAAAAACACCUCACCUCGACAUUUAAAAAAAAAAACCCACAAGAUCAAAAGGAAAAAAGGACGAGAGAAAAUUAUUUUUAGGAUAAUUAAACAUAAAAACCCUGGUGCUUCUUACAGUAUAAAGUACGUUUUAAAAAACCCACAAACUAUUAUACAUAAGUUUAUGAUCAGUUAAGUAUCCCGCACUUGUUAGGACCAGCAUACCCCUUCCUUGUUGAGCUUAACGGAACGGGACGCGGCGUGCGCCGGCGGCGGCGCUGCUCGGCCGCGGGUCUCCCCAAUGCCAACGAACAAACGUCCCCUUCCCUCCCUCCCGCCCCACCCCGAGCGCCCUUCUUUGAGCCAGACGCCAACUUGACCCUCACCAGCAUUAUCAGGAGCGCGCUCAGCAAGUUGGUAGUUUCCUCCCAUCCCCUUGCCCCUCCCCGGCGCCCCACGCGACAUCACUCCUCCUGUCCCGCCCCCGGGAGCACCCGAGGCUCGCUGCUCCAGGACAGGCCCCGCCAGGCCGACGGCCCAGGCCCGCGCCCGCCCGCCCGCACGCACACGGCCGCACAGCCCCCGCCCCGCCCGCCCGCCCGUGACUGCCUUACGCACCCGCCCCGCGCUGGCCGGCCGACCUAGUGCCUUGUUCUCACCCCCGUGCUGGCGGAGCGGACGCCGCGCUCUGGGACCCAGAGGGGCCUGGUGGCUCAGACGACCCACUGCUUCUCCACCCCGACCGUGCCGAACGGACACCCCCCCACACACACACACACACGAGAGAAAAUAAAGGAGCAAUAAAGUCACGAGAACUUUUGUCCCCCAAUCGAGAGCCCGAGGGGCACCCCAGCCCCGCCUCUGCUCCCCCCGACUCUCGGGGCGCCCCCAUCCCCUCGCAAGCCAGCCUGGGCCAGCCCCGCUUCUGCCCCUCCCGGGAGAUCCGUGCGCCCGACCAGCACCAGCAUUGCGGACCGCAAGGCCGCCCGUCCCGUCAAACAAGUUUCUUCUUAGGCUAAGAAACGCAGUAUAUACGAGUAUCUCUAUAUAUAGUACUAAUGGAUUGGUGUGCUUCCCCUUAGCGCCCCUCCCUCUGCGCCUCCUCCUUCAGCCUGGUCCCCUCUGCCCUCCGCCCCGUCUCUGCACUGAGAUACAUAAGAAACAAGGGUAGUUUACUGUCUGUUUUGUUUUCUGGGUUUUCAGUGUCCUAGCGGAAUGCAAGUAGCCAGCCCGUCUGUCCCCUCUCGCCCCGCCCCGCCCCGCCCCGCCCCGUCACUGCGCUUCUGUUAUACCAUCUUUGCCUGACUCUCUGGCUUCUCCAUUGAAUGGCUAAUGUGUAUGUGAAAUAAAGAAAUAAAGAAAAAAAAAAGCAA